AUGGCGUCCUCCUUCAGUGAUAUUGUCCGUGCCGUGGCUCAGCAGAUGAUCGUGAUGCUGCCAGACGGAGUCAAACCUAGCACUUGCCUGGUGCAUCACGAUCCGGAGCUUGGCGUCCAGAGCAACAGCUACAACUGCGGCGUGUACGUCCUGCUGGAAUUCGAGAUGUUCUGUGGGUCAGAGCCGCUCGGCCACCUCGCCAAAAAGACUCUGCAACGCAUGCGCCACCGCUACUUGCGCAUGCGACGGGGUCCGACGAUCACAGCUGGGCUCGGACGUUUCAAGUACCAGUAUAAGAACUCGGCCAACGCGGUGGUGCCCGCUGCCAUCGAGGCAGGCCUCAAGAUCGAGUUGGGCAUGUGGGUGGACUCGUCCGCGUCCAGCUUUGAAACCGAGAAGGCCGCGUUCAAGACGCUGCUGGAUACCGGUAUCGUGCAAAGCGAGCACAUCGUGGGAAUCCACGUGAGCAGUGAGGCCGUGUACCGUAAAGACAUUACGGUGGAUGUAGCCAUCUCCCAUCUAGAGGAGAUCCGUACGCUGUGCAAGGCCAACUCGGGCGCUGCCGGCAUCCCGCUCACCAUUGCCGACAUCGGAGACACGUACUCGGCGUACCCGCAAUUGAUCGAGGCCGUCGACUACGUGUCGGCCAACUACUUUCCUUUCUGGGAGAAGACUGACAUUGACGUUGCCGCCGACUCGUUCUACAAGCGUUUCUCGGCGCUUGUGGCGACCGCCAGCACGUACAACAAGGAGGUGAUCAUUGGAGAGACGGGGUGGGCUUCGGACGGCGUUGGCGCUGGCGCCAGCCCUGCUACCGCUGCCAACGCCGCCAAGUUCUUUUACAACUUUUACACGCUCGCCACCGAGAAGAAGCUCACGUACUACUACUUUUCGGCCUUUGACGAGCCUUGGAAGCUCCCUACGCUCGAGGCCAACGAGACGGUGGAGGCGUACUUCGGACUGUUCACGCACGAGGGCGUUCUUAAGGACGCCGUCGCGGCUAAGUUCGACAACGCAACGUCGUCCUCGGUGGACGGCAGCAACUCGGGAACGACCACGCUGGUCGGCAGCACCACCACUACCGACGGCGAUAACGCCACGCCCAACGAGACGACAUCGGAUGAUGCUACGCAGGACGUGACCACCUCGGGGGACGUCGAGGACAACACGUCCACCUCGAUGACCACCACACAGUCGCACAACGACUGUGCCAUGUAA